AAUAAAUGGAGAAAUCUGAAAUACGACUGCAGCGCAUGUCAAAUGAAUAUCAGUCGCAAUCGAGCUAUAUGUAUUUGCGUACCAAGAUGCUGUUAAAAAUUGAAAAUACCCUACUUCGAAGCCAUCGUCAGCGUGAGACCACUGGAAUCAAGAAACUAUACAAUUCGUUUUUUGUAUUGUUUUAAUUUGCCCCCCCUUGGCCCUGUACCCCCGUACUUUUCCCCAAAAAAAGGCGCCCCAAUUUAAGAACACAAAACACGCACAACGCAACAAUUCCAAUUCCAAAAUCACAAAAAUUAAUUGUGAGCCAACUUAGAAAAAACAAAAAAAAGUGUAAAGCAAGUUAUUAAUGUUAAAAUAUAUAUAUGAAUAAACUAGAGAUAUUUUUUGGUUGUUAGUAGAACUCCCGACAAGUGCAUCGUAUAUAUAUAUAUUCUUGAUCCGAGUACUGAACUUCUAACAAGUGUGUGUGUCAUAGGCAUUUUGGAUAAAAAAUAAAAAGCAAAAUGCCAAUCCAUAACUAAGUAUCCAUUCGAUUAAUAAACGGUUUCUACUUCGAAUAUUACUUUUACAAUCAAUUACUUUGGUUGCGUGAACUUGAUCAAAAUUGCUGUCGAAAGUCGGGUCAGUCGUUAAAUAUAUAGUGGUAUUAUCAUAAAAAUCAAAAAUAAUCCAAAAACACAACAAGUUCUAAGAAAUAGAAAGCGAUUCUAACGCCUUCAAUCCUCGUACCGAAUGGCUCUUUCGUUUCUAUCCCAAAACUCCGGUCUCUUGGAUUUACAAAGUAUCUUUGAUCCACAAUAUACACAACAACAACAACAACAACAAGAAAAUCUAUCAAAUUUAAACAACAACAACCACCCACAACAUCACGAUCAGGAACAAAAUCAACGCUCCAACUCUACAAAGUUUGAUUUAAACUUAUUUAACGACUUCGAUCAAAUGGAAUUCAAUAACAACUUAAAUCGUAAUCAAUAUCAGAGCAAUAUCAACAGCACCAACAAUCAAAACAGCAAUAAUAACAAUACCAACAUCCAGAACCGCCACUUCAUCAGCGGCUACCACCACCAGCAUAUUAGUUCGGAUUAUGAGCAAGUGAUCAACUUUGUUGACUCGCCACCAAACUCUGAAGAAUCUUGGACAGACGCCCAGUCGAAGGAGUCGCCGGGACCGCAGAUCAUUGACGUGCAGACCAUUUAUCUGAACAGCGGAUCACGCAAAAGACGAAUGGAUUGGGACUCCCUGGACAUUGGUCAAAGUGAAAGCUCACCCACUGGCUCCCAGAGCGGCGACCUGCCCACCAAAGUGGUCCAUCACGAGAGGGAUAAGCACAAGCGCGAGAAGCACUCUGGCCGCAGCAGCUGGAGCGAUGAUAUCGGGUUCGAUCUGAAUGCCGAGUUCAACAGCAACUCGUACCUGAACAAUGACAACUUCCUGGCUUUCUCGCCCACUCUAAGCACCCUGAAGCAGGAGCCCCAAACCGAGCAGAUCAAGCCGAGCCCCAAGAUUUCGUUGGACAAUGCCGCAGGAUCUCCCUCGGUGGCCAUUGCCAAGUUGGACGAGGCCCAGAACUCACCGCUGCAGGUUAUACCGCAGGGCAAGGAAUCAUCUGCCGGAUCUGGUUCCGCCGGAAACACCAAGCACGAUGUGAACUCGGGACUGGCGUGUGGCUGUGGCUCUCCCCAGGGAUCCCCACAGGCCAACAACGACUAUGAGUUGAACGACAAGGGCAGUGUCCUGCCUCAGCAGCAACUGAGUGUCCUGGACCCCACCAAGAUAGAGAUUGUGUCGGCCAACGGAGCCACCAAUGCCGAGGACCACAAGUUCCAAUACAUCCUGGCCGCGGCCACUUCAAUUGCCACCAAGAACAACGAAGAGACCCUGACGUAUCUCAACCAAGGCCAGAGCUACGAGAUCAAGCUGAAGAAGAUCGGUGACCUGUCCCUCUACCGGGAUAAGAUACUGAAGAGUGUGAUCAAGAUCUGUUUCCAUGAGCGCCGCCUCCAAUUCAUGGAACGCGAACAGAUGCAGCAAUGGCAGCAAUCCCGCCCCGGCGAACGCAUCAUUGAGGUGGACGUACCGCUCUCGUAUGGCCUGUGCCACGUGUCGCAGCCAUUAAGCUCCAACUCCCUGAAUACCGUGGAGAUUUUCUGGGACCCAUUGAAGGAGGUCGGCGUCUACAUCAAGGUCAAUUGCAUUUCAACCGAAUUUACCCCCAAGAAGCACGGCGGCGAAAAGGGAGUCCCCUUCCGGCUGCAGAUCGAAACCUAUAUAGAAAACACAAACACCACAACAGCGUUGAACAACGCCUCCAAUGGUGGCACCGGAAACGGUAGUGCCACUGUGGUGACUGCCCCAGGCUCACCGGAACAGACUCCCAAUGGCAAUGGCUCCGGAAACAGUGCCAAACAGGCGGUCCAUGCCGCUGCCUGCCAGAUUAAGGUUUUCAAGCUAAAGGGCGCUGAUAGGAAGCACAAGCAGGAUCGUGAGAAGAUACAGAAGCGUCCUCAGUCCGAGCAGGACAAGUUCCAGCCCAGCUACGAGUGCACCAUUAUGAAUGACAUCUCCCUGGACUUGGUGAUGGCCGCCACCACCACUGGAUGCUACAGUCCCGAAUAUAUGAAACUCUGGCCCAAUUCGCCUGUCCACAUACCCAAGUACGAUGGAAUGCUUCCGUUUGCAGCCAGCGCAGCAUCCCCGGCCACCAGCAGCAGUCCCAUCGCCAUCAACUCGGUGACGUCCACCAACUCACCCACUCUGAAGCUGAUGGACACAACCAACAUGGUGUCGCCGCAGCAUGUGCCAGCUGACAUCGAUGAAUGCAACCAGAACAUCAUGCCGGAAUCGACGCCCUCGCAAGUGACGCAGUGGCUGACCAAUCACCGCCUCACGGCUUAUCUUUCGACUUUCGCGCAGUUCUCCGGAUCGGAUAUAAUGCGCAUGUCCAAGGAGGAUUUGAUACAGAUCUGUGGCCUGGCUGACGGCAUCCGCAUGUUCAACAUUUUGCGCGCCAAGACUAUUGCGCCCCGACUUACCAUGUACGCCAGCCUGGAUGGCUGCAGCUACAAUGCCAUCUACCUGCUGUCCAACACCGCCAAGGAGCUGCAGCAGAAGAUCUUCAAGAUGCCAGGGUUCUAUGAGUUCAUGGCGAAGGCCAGUGCCCAGGAGAACGGAGCAGGAGGAGGAGCUGCAGCCGCAGCAGCAGCUGCCCUUUAUAAUAACUGGAGCAUGCACUCGAAGUACUCUGGAAGCGGAUCGAACAUCUUCAACGAGGCCAACAAGAGCUGUGUGUACAUUUCCGGGCCGUCGGGCAUCCUGGUCAGUGUCACCGAUGAGGUGCUUAACAACGAGGUGAAGGAUGGCAGCCUCUACGCCUUGGAGGUCCAGGCCGGCAAAGUGAUCCUGAAGCUGAUCCACAAGCAGGACAACAACUAAGAAGUAUAGUUUAUAGCAUUUAAACGUGGCCCUUGGCAUGUUUUCUAUAUAAGCUUCAAUUUAAAUGAGAUUUUCGCGCAGUAAUUUUGAACAAGUAAUAAGCAAACAACUUGAAACCUGUUUUUUUAACCCAAAAACUAUUAAAAAAAAUGCAUAAAAAAAAAUCCUUUACCCUUCUUUAUGAAUUAGUGCAAAAUAAUAUAGUUUUUGUUUUCAGUUUUCCCCUUAAGUUUGUUUUAUUUUAAACGUAUUUUAAACCACUUAUGCGAUAUUCGAAAACUUAAAUUUAAUCCUCCGAUGCGAUGGCAUUUCGAUUCGUUCUUUGUUCUUCUACUUUUAGUUUUUUUCACCUUCUAUGUUAAAUGCUUAUGUAAGAAUUAUAUAUUUGUUUGUAGAACCCAACCAAUAUUAACUAUUUGAAGUAGAAAGAAAAGCACACAAAAAAAGUAACAACAUAUACCAUCAUGAUUAUUAUAUUCAAGUACAGUACCACGAAUACAAGAA